AGGGCAGUCACCUGAAUAUCUGGUGUCCUGUGACUGUGUUUGAGGGUUGCUACGUGUUUAGUUUACAAUUACUAAGGGAACUUUCAGAGAACGGAUACAAAACUUUUCAAAACCUGUAACCAAAAACUGCUCAGGCAGAAGAGAAGGGGGAAUUUAAAAGCCUCGAUGCAUUUAAUAAAAACAUUGGAGUAAAAUUGCGUUUUUUUAUUUUUUGCUCCAGCACAGAAUGAUUGAUUUAAGGAAAUCCCAAACUUGUGAUGCCAAUCAAAGCAGAAAAUCCAUUCUUUUUGCUGGUCCAAUUCCACUGUGUGCGAAAUGAUUCCCUACCAGGACUUCUGAUUAAGAAGAAUGGGUCCAGAUGUUCCUUUGCUAAAUGAUUAUAAGCAGGAGUUCUUUUGGAAGCGCUUUCCACAGACUGUUCUAGGGGGUCCUCGGUUUAAAUUGGGGUACAGUGCCCCUCCUUAUAUUUACAUCAAUCAGAUCCUUCUGUUUCUGACACCAUGGGUACUGGGAGGUGUAGGUACUGUGCUGUACGAAGUCGCAAUUCUAGAAGACUAUUACACAGCGGUACUCUCAGGAGCAUUAAUGCUCAUCGCAGCAUUUGUUAUCCAGCUAUUAAACCAACAUGCCAGACGCAAGACAUCAACUGUAGAAAGACUGCAAAACCAAAGUGCCCUAACCGAUGAAGACGAGUACGAUUUCUCUAGCUGCCUUGGCAUAGAAACUGUGAAAUUUAUAAUUCCGGGCAAGAAAUUCGUAGUAAAUCUUGUAUUUCAUUCCAUUUUUGCUGGGGUGUUAUGCGGACUGGGGACCUGGUAUCUUUUACCGACGAGAAUACAGUUGUUGUACAGCAAUACUGGAGGAACGGUGAUGAUAUUUAUAUUUGGGUGGGUUACAAUAUGUAUCGGGGAAUAUUCGUUAAUUGUCAACUCUGCAGCAGAGACUGCUACAUUUCAGGCCCAGGAUACUUACGAAAUUACUGCGCUCCUUAGACCCGUCUAUAUAAUUGCCUUUAUUGCUGUCGACCUUGCUUACAGAUUUCUUGUGACCGUGCCAUCCUUAUUGUGGGCCAACCAAGUCUUGCAUGUUGUGUUUUUGUUUUUACCAUUUCUCUGGGCACUGGGAAUCCUGCCUCCCCUGGACGCACUAGUACUUUGGGGUUUGGAACAAACGCUGGAGUUUGUCCUCGGAGGCUCGCCCAUGUCAAGUAACUUAAGAUUGCUGAUAAUAUUUAUUGUAUCGGCUGGGGUCACCGUAUCAGCCUACUUUAUUCCGUCGUCUCUUGGCCUGGUUUUAUUCAUUACUGGAUUUGGAUUUUUGCUCAGUCUUAACCUAGCAGAAUUUGGUAUAAUUGUCCAGAAUUAUUUUUCCAGACGUUUCUCUCUUACGAAAUUAAGCAGUUCAUCCAAUUCAUUUAAUCCGCAAAUGAUUUGGAAGGAGACUCUGUUUUACUUCAUUGUUCUCAUCGUUUCCCUCCUGGAAGCAAGCCUGUUACAUUAUUUCUGCUCUUCUGUGUAUUCCCUGCAAAGUCCACAGGCUAUAGUUGGCUAUUGCUUAAUAGUCAUUUUAGUUUUUUUAUGGCUUCUACAAGAAAUUCAAGGUGCUUAUCUUUUGGGGAUAAUAAGGAAUCCCUUCUUCCAGAAUGACAUUCGGAUCUUAAAUGUCUUCAUGAAAAAACAAAGCAGGUUACAGAAAGUGGCUAUCGUCCGGAGAAUAUUGCUCACAUUAGUAUCCCCUUUCACUAUGCUAGCAUACCUCUCACUGGAUACUUCUCUAAAUACGGUCAAUUCAGUAUCUGUUUGCAUCGGCUUCACAAGAGCUUAUCGAAUGAUCUGGCAGAAUACGGAGAAUGCCAUGUUGGAAAUGGUGAUUGUAUCUGUAAUCCAGCUAAUUGUCUUCGACACAAACGUUUGGUGGAACGCAAGCCUAAACACAGGAAUUCGGCUUCUGCUGGUUGCUUUGAUCCGAGACAGACUAUGCAAGCUAGUAUCCAAACUUCAGUUUGCUGUCACUGUCCUCCUGACGUCGUGGACCGAGAAGAAACAACGACGGAAAUCAACAACCAGUUUAAUUACACUAAACAUUGUCUUCUUCCCUUUGGUGCUGAUGUUUGUCGUCCUCUCGGCAGUGCUGUCCUCGCCCUUACUUGCACUUUUUACACUGCCAGUGUUUCUGGUAGCGUUUCCAAGACCUAUUCGAAGUUGGCCGGGAGCUGUGGGUGCUACAGCCUGUGUCUGCCCAGACACUAUUUAUUAUCAACAAAUGGUCCCAGGAUUUGCUGCUGCACUACAAUCCGCCUUCGCUUCCGGUAGUUUAGGACUGGUUACUCCUGGAUCUCACUAUCUCUGUCGCUUUCAGGAUCGCCUUAUAUGGCUGCUAGUUCUCGAAAGAGGGUACACUUAUUGCUGCAUUAAUGUUAAGGGACUCGAGUUACAGGAGACCUCAUGUCACACUGCUGAAGCUCGGCGGGUGGAUGAAGUCUUCGAAAUGGCUUUUGAGCAGGCCGAAAACGUAGGCCGAUUUGCUCUAAACCACCACUUUGGGAACAUAUUAAUGCCGUGCACUGUUGUUCCAGUUAGGGUGUAUUCUGAUGCUAGAAACGUACUUUCUGGGAUAAUCGACUCUCACGAGAACUUGAAACAAUUCAGAGACGAUUUCAUCAAAGUGCUUUUGUGGGUGCUUAUUCAUUCUCGUUAUAAAAAGUCAAAAACACAAAAAAACUCAGCUGUAGAUCAAAGCGACGGCCUCAACAUUACCAUCUCGGAAAAGUACAGUGAAAUUGAGGGAACUCACACUGUUGGCCAAAAUAAUAGCAGAAAGGAAAAUGAAAGCAUUAGUGGAGAGGGGUUCGACGAAUGGUCAGAUGACGACGAUAUUUUUGAAAUUCUUCCGCACACAAAGAAAACUGUAACUAAACCAAUUGUAACUUCAGCUGCUGGGGGGCUCUCUAUCCCGGGUAGUAUCGAAACACAACAUGAAGAUCAUUACAUAGAGCAAGAUGUAGCUGUUGACAAACUUUAUUCUGUAGUUGGCUUUGGUCUUCCUGCAACAGACAAAGGAAAACAAACUCCUGUUGAACAUUUCAGUAUGUUGGAAUUUAAGUGUUCUUAUUCAAGAUCGCUCAGCGUACCUCAAGAUUGGAUAUUGGUUUCUAUAAGUAAUCAAAAAGUGCGUGAAAUGAAGCAAAUGUUUCCUUCCGAGUGGUAUGAGUUUGUUCUAACACAGCUGGAUUUUCAUCACCUGGAUGAGAAGCCCUCGGUGCUGUGUGAUGAACUCAUCAAAGACACAUCACUGAGAGAGCUAUACAUUCAAGUACUAACAUCAGUUUACUUUACUUUGUUUGGAACAGAAAGCUCAACUCCUUGUUCUGCAUGGUUAUAUAGAGCCUACCUGGGCAACAUUCCUUGGUCCGUCUCUGUAGACUGGUUAACUGGAAAACCAAUGUUAUUUCAACUGGCUUUGAAAGCAUUCAGGUAUACAUUGAAAUUGAUGGUUGAUAAGGCAAGUCUGGGCCCAGUAGAAGACUUCAAAGAGCUCAUCAAUUAUUUUGAAGAGUACGAUCAUGACUGGUAUAUUGGUUUGGAGUCAGACCCCAGAUGGCAACAGGCUGUUUUACAGGAGAAACCCUACCUUUUCUCAUUGGGGCAAGAUGUAAAUAUGGGAGUUUACACGGGCAGAGUACUCACCCUCCAGGACCAACUGGUGCAGAUUGGAAAGUUGAAUGCAGAAGCUGUUCGAGGUCAGUGGGCGAACUUAUCGUGGGAGCUCUUGUACGCUACAAACGAUGACGAAGAACGUUACAGCAUUCAAGCUCAUCCAGUGCUUUUACGAAAUUUAACUGUGCAAGCGGCAGACCCGCCACUUGGAUAUCCAAUUUACUCCUCCGUACCACUCCACGUGCCUUUGUAUUAACCCUUUGUACUGUGUCUCUGCAUGUCCAGUGGGAAAUAACCAAUUUAUGACAGAUGUAGUUACACGACAAUAGAUGCUGCUCUUGGACAUUUUAGUGUUCAGAAUUUUUUUAUUUUUUAAAUUAACUGCAUGUACAGAAUUCCUGGGAUACAGUGGUAUUCACAUUACCUCUAGAUAAGUGCUCUCACUUAGUUACAUUUUCUCUCAAUAUUAUAGCAACCAGACAAGUGACUUAAAUGGGUCAUUGCUUCCAGUGUAAAAUGUGUACAAUCAAAAAAAUACCAAGAUCUACAAUGUUUGACCAAACUGUUUAUAAUGUAUCAUAAUUCUUUUAUAAAAUAUUCAUGUUUAUUGUAAUAAAGCAAAGUUUGUGGUUUCUUA